GCCGCGCCUCCCAGGGUGCCCCUGAAACUUUGUACCUUCGUCAGUGUUAAUUUCGUCUUCACGAAUUUAACCUGUCUACGUGGCCACUUCCCAAUCGAUUACUUAGUCAUUCUGUUGCUAAAGUCACAUUGUGUUUGAGGGCAUGCUGCUGCUUCAAGGCAAAGAUCAUGAACUAUCCUAACCCUGGAAAACAUACAAGCAGGGUAGGUCAAUGGAUGUUAUUCAUUAAUCAAGACUCUUCUGAGGAAAUCAUUGACAGUGGGUAUAUUUUCACAAAUUUAUGAAUACACACCCACUGCUGUGGUAUUUAAGUGCCUGCACUUCUUUAGCCUACUGUAUUCUCUGAACAUUGAAUCCAGGCAACUGCAUUGUUGCUCACCUGUCCCAUGGCUCCUGCUCUUUUGCCUGCCUGCCUUCCUCUGUCUGUGUGUCUCUUGCUGGCAUCUGGCUUUGCCCAGGCAGGCAAGCUGCUGGUGGUGCCUAUGGAUGGAAGCCCCUGGUUGAGCAUGCGCUUGAUUGUGGAGAAACUCAUCCACAGAGGGCACGAGGUAGUUGCUGUCAUGCCAGAGGUGAGUUGGCAACUGGGGAAGGCAUCCAAUAUUACAGUAAAGACUCACUCAACUUCUUACACUCUGGAGGACUUGGAUCAUGAGUUCAAGGUUUUUGCUGACAGUCAGUGGAAAUCUCUGGAAGAAGGUACUCAUGGUGUAGCAAUGGGUUCAUCUAAAGGAUUUUUUGACAUCACUUUUUCAAGAUGUAGGAGUUUGUUUAAUGACAAAAAAUUAGUGGAAUUCCUAAAGGAGAGCUCUUUUGAUGCAGUGUUUCUGGAUCCUUUUGAUGUGUGUGGCUUAGUUGUUGCCAAAUACUUUUCACUUCCAUCCGUGGUCUUCACCAGGGGAGUGUUCUGCCAUUAUCUUGAAGAAGGUGCUCAGUGCCCCAGUCCUCUCUCUUAUGUUCCCAGACAUUUCAUGAAGGUUUCAGAUGUCAUGACUUUCAAGGAGAGAGUAGAGAACUAUAUAAACCACUUGGGGGAGCAUUUAUUUUGCCCAUAUUUUUUAAAAACUGCCUUGGAAAUCGCCUCUGAAGUUCUCCAAACAGCUGUCACACCAUAUGAUCUCUUCAGCCAAGUAUCUAUUUGGUUACUACGAACUGACUUUGUUUUGGACUAUCCCAGACCUGUGAUGCCCAACAUGAUCUUCAUUGGUGGAAUCAACUGCCAGCAGGGGAAGCCACUGCCCAAGGUACGUUGUGUCUCCUUUGGCACACAGAGGAUAACUGGCUUUGGGCGUUAAGAAAGAUUCCUUACUGAGCUGUGACUUAUUAUUUGCAUUCAUUGCAUCUAGAAUUUCUUCCUGGGUUAACAAUUGUUUUGUGCCUGUUCCUUAACCGUGGGUUAGCAAAUUUUAUAAAGCUGGCCUCGUUGAUAUUGAUGUGCAUAGCAGUGAUGGAAUUUAUGUCAUUUCUAAGCUCCGUUUCUAGUAGUGCUUCAGAAGAACCCUGAGAAACACAUUAGGAUGUGAACCUUUCACUUUUGCCAAUCCUAUAGGAAAGUGUUCUGAGCAGUUUUGUCUGUAUUUUUUCCUGUUUUGAAAUUACUGUAUAUGUAUUCAUGCAUCUACUGCAAACUUUGCACCUGUUUUAUUAA